CACCCUGUACAAUUGCAAAUCGCUUGCUUUCAUAUCUAUGAAUAAGUUUGGUAUGUAAAGUCGUAUACAAGAAAUGGUGUUUGAAACCGAAACGAUUUUACUGUUCCUCAUGUUGUCGUCUGAAGAGAUUUCGCUAUUUGAUAAUUAAUUGAUGAGUGUGUAAGUUCUAGCAAUAGUCAAUAUUAAAAACCGCGAGUUUUUCAUGUGUGCUCCAGAGAAGUAAAUGAAUGUAUAUUGUUUAAACUAUAAACAGGACCCAUAUGCCUUGUACGACUUAAGUCAUCAACAUUUUUUGCAAUGAAUGCAACGUUCCAUUCAUAUAGAGAUAUACUUGCGGCACAUCACCAAGACUCAUCUAGUCCCGAAAAUUUCGCCCCCAUAGUAAUUGAUUAUAGAAACUCUAACCACACAAAGGACGCUGUCGAGACCAAUUCGAAUAUUUCUUCGUCUCAGCUAUCGUUCAUGGACGAAUCUUCAAACGAUUUCAAUAAUCAACAGUUAAUUCAUUCUAACUCUCUUAUUAAAGUGUGUGGCGGUUGUGGAGAUAAAAUAAGUGAUAGAUAUCUUUUAUACGCUUUAGACAGAUAUUGGCACAAUGGAUGCCUUAAAUGUCACUGUUGUGGAGCAAUGCUAGCGGAGGUUGGUUCCAGCUGUUUUACGAGGCGGGGUCUGAUUCUUUGCAAAAAGGACUAUUCUAGUAUGUUCGGCUGCUCAGGCGUCUGUUCAGGAUGUGGAGAAACGAUUCCUCCAAGCGAACUAGUUGCUAAAGCACUUACUGGGAUAAAUAAUAUUGAUUUACAAAAUCAACAAAAACAAAUAAUCAAUUGCGUAUUUCAUCUAAGGUGCUUUAGUUGUGCUAAGUGUGGAUCAAGCCUGCGCCCUGGAGAUAGGUAUACUAUGUUAGGAGCCAGCUUAGUAUGUGAGCAAGAUUGGCACAAAUUACUUAAGGGGCCCGCAAAUUCGAAUGGAACACUCGGUCAGAGGAAAGGAAAAGUGGGAAGACCCAGAAGAUCAAAGGACUAAUCAAAUUUAAUGUCAUAUAAAAUAUACAUAUAUUUUAGAACAUAGUUCAUAUUUUUAAAUUACCUAUAAAAAUGUAAUUAAAUCAUAAUGUAAAACAUA